CGGUGACGUGAGUGGCUCUCCCUUCCGUUUCCGCGGCCCGCGCUGCCUCCCCGCGUGGCCUCGCGGGUCUGCUCUCCUGCCCCCGGCGCCCUGAGAGCGCCGCCUCGCCUCGGAUCGGGGCGCCUCGCUUGGCGGCUGCCUGCAGGGCCUGGCCGUGAGCCUUCCGCCCCAAGUCGCAGAGGGACGCCGAGCGCUGGAGCUAGGACGCUCCAGGAGCCCGCUGCCAGGGCUUCGCCCUGGAAAACGCCAUCCCCAAACAGUUGCUUUAUUGGGUUUUUGUAAGUUGACGCCUCCUUCGCACUAGGGGUAAGACUGUUGCCGGAGGAGCCUCCCUUGGCGUGAACCUCGUCGCUGCCGCCUCGGGAAGGGACCGGAGGGCGGCCGGCGGGUGGCCUGCGCAGGCGCACCACAGGUGGCCCGGUAACCUGCGGUCCGCGCGGGAGGCGCCUCGCGGGGCCCGGGGCAGGAGUUGGCAGCGGCGCUGGGAACCCAGCCUCUAAAUCCCACCACCCCGUCUCGCUCCUUCACGCCUCCUUCACCCAGGGAUGGCAGGAGAGGGUCCGGCGACCCAGCCUGGUAGGGCCCCCAGUGGGGGCGCUUGGGGAGCGCAGCGGGGCACAGGUGUGUGCUGGCCCCGGGUGGGGCGCCCACCCAACAGGUGUCUUCCCAGGGAGCCACCGCAGGGGCGCGGACUGGGCCUCUGCGGGCCGGAGCGGAGCCCGGGCCUGGGGCCCUGGCGGGCCCUGGUGGCCUCGGGUAACUGUGCCCCUCCCAGGUCUCUGCGUGGGGUGCAGCUGCGGCGCAGGAGCGAGGGGGCUCGGGCUGCCGGUCAGGCUGUGUAUUCCCGUUCCGGGGUCCAGGAAACCAGUGGCAAACUGCAGCGUGGAGCUUGCCGAGGAUCCUCCUCCUCGGGCGGGCUAGCGGCGAGUCGCUCCUGGGGCCGAGCGCUUAGAACAGGUCACGGACAUGCACGUUGCGGCGCGCUGGGUUCCCCGGCGAGGCCAGGCGCCCAGAGGUGCCAGCGCGCGGGCCUGGGUGCUGGGGCCUCCCCGGAACGCGGCCGGCAGCGCAGGCCUGGGCGCUGGAAGAGGCCGCCGCGUGGGGCCUGCCCGCGCGGGGCUCCCUCGUGGGAGAAGGAGAGCACCACGAGGGCCUCUCAACCCGGGCAGCACGUAUCCGUUUCUCUUCACUACUUCGGUCUUUCGUGGAGUUUGCGCUCGGUGGAAAUAUAGCCACCAUUUUGGGUGUGCAGAUUUUGUGAGCAAUUAAGUGUGCACAUUUUGCAUCGGUUCCCUCUAAUGCAGGAACGUCGGUGUAAAGGUGUAAACGUCAGUGGCCUCAGUGUAUCAAGUCGCGCUUACAUUGUGACCAGUGAUCCCCUGGUUCCCGGGUCCUGGCGGUGCGCGGAGGGAGGACCAGAGAGAGAGAAGUGGGUGGGGGACAGUUUGCCUUCUUUUUCUUAAAACUGGAGCCCAUGUUAUACAUAGUACAAAAUCUAAGUCCAGCGGCAACGUGUUCGCAGCCCCGCCUAGGAGGACGUCUGAUUGAAUCUCGGAGGCGUCUGUGCCUCUAGGGACCCAAAUGCACACCGAAGCCGCAGGCUGGCCAGCAAUGCUCUCACUGCGGAGAAUCCGGGACGAUGAACGGUCCCCAAAGCUCUGACCCCAAGGCCAGCGGGGCCCGUCUGGGUCCUCCCCGGGCCUGCGAGGGCUGGAUGGGCCUGGGCGCCCCGCGGCCUCACUUCAGGGCGCGAGCAGGCAGCCGCCGGCAGGAAGCGCGGCAGGGCGUGCCUGUGGAGACGCCUGGCCCGCUGCAACUGGCCUUUUAAAAACCUACUAAGUGCAUUGAAGCAACGAGUGCGUCCUCGUGGAGUCGCGCUGGCUUUAGAUGACUGCGCUCCUCCUUGCUAACCUGUCGCUCCGGGUUUCUUCCGAGACAGCGCAAGUCUCAUCCUCCGCAGGUGCCUGCCUGCCUGCCUGCCGCGCCCCCUGAAGUCUCUCGACCUCACAGGGCCGGAGAACCCGCAGACUCCGGCCUGUGCAAAUCCUCCAUCUCCCUUAGCUCUGCGGGCCUCUCCAGCCCCAGCUCAGAGAUCUUGGCGCAGGCCCGCACCUUCUGGGGUGAGGGUCCACCUCCAGGCGUGGGCUUUGGAGAAGGGAGUGAGGUGCAGCAGCGUGGCCGCACAGAGAAGAGGUGCAGAGGGCACGUUUCUGGGAAGUGGACCGGCCGGAGUUCCUCUGAAGGUUUGGAAUCCCAGGAGACAGCGUUAGGAACGGGAGGCCCCGGCCCCAGUUCCCGUGCAGGCGGUGUUUCAAGACUACUGGUCCCUUGCCCUGUGCUGGAGCAGGUCAAGACCUCCACGGUGAACGCUGCACAGAGCUCCCCAAGCUGCUCUGAAUCCUUGGGGUUUUUGUUUCCUGAGAAUGUUUCUGCAAGACAGACCUUGGGAGAACUUAGCUCUGUGCUGCCAGCAGCUCUUGUGCAUUCCUGCUUCCGGACACCAGAGCGCACCUCAGCGCUGGCCAGCGGUGUGAGCAGAGCGCCCCUGCUGCGGCCACCUCCGGGUCACCGAGCCAGGAGCAGGUAGGACCCACCUCGCUGGAGGAAACCGCUAGAAGCUCUCCUUUAAUUGAGCAGCCUAGGCCCCAAGGAGUGUUUGCCUGGGGUGUUUCCUAUGGCCAUCUCUUUACUCAGCAUGCAUACCUGAGACAGCUCAGCCUGCGUGAACUGCAGCCGUUCACCCUUCUCCCAAACUCACAGCACGCUUUUACACGCCCAAGACUGUGCAGGCACGGUAGAGGAGGAUUUUGUUGUUGUUGUUUAUUUUUAAAACAUGACGUGGAGUGCCAAAAUACAUUCUUAAAAGACAGUUUGCAUUAAAAGUAAAAGCUUCAGUAGGACAGAUGUCAGCUGCUGACCGGCUGGGGAGAUGUGCAGAAUCUCAUACGCCCUGGAAAAGGAAGAGACAGGCCCUGUGGGAAGGUGGAUGGGGAGCAAGCAGGGCCCUGCCCGAGUACAAGCCCUCCACUCAGGCUGGAAAGAUGCUGGGUUCUCCAGUGCUGGUGAAACCUAUGGCAGGAAGUGAGCCUCACAGCCACUGCACCGGCCGGCGUGGCCCAGGGGUGCAGACCCUGUACCUCCAAGCUGUGGCAGUUCCAGUUGCUGCAGAGAAGUCACCUGCACCAGAGGACAGGCACAGGAGCUGCACCACCAGCAGUCCCUUGUCUGCUGUCCCGCAGGGAAGAGGCCACUACGGCGUUGGGGACACUGGCUCCCAGCUGGCAUCGAAGGACUGUGCAGGCUGGAGAGCUGCUGCCGCAGCCUUCCCGUGUUCUGAGGCACAGAGCGUCCCUGGGGUGCUGGAAGGAGUCACCUCCGUCCAUGUGAACAAGUCCCGAACGUGGGAAGCGCAGGGAGGAGGGUGCAGAGACGGCGAUGCCCAGGUAGGCCAUGUUUUGGGUUUUCAGGUACAAGGGGGCUGGCCCCAUUUCAGGGCCCAAAAGCCUUCAAAGAGGGGAGCAGCUCAGGGCAGGCUCAGCUGCUUUGAAACUGUCUGAAGGACCUGUGCUCGAUGUCAGCCACUGUCGCCUCUGAAGGCCAGUCACAUGGGGCUGCAGCACUGUUCUUUCCUGUGAUUUUAGAGAUUAAAAGUGUGUACUGUCGGC